GCAAGAGCUGCACUGGUGGAUAACGCCAUCUACUACGUUUCGUACCUGUUUUUGGCCGUUUCCUUUUUGAUUUAUCUUGCCGGAACUGGUGUGACUUUGGACUGGCCUAAAUUGAAAGCCAUUGCUGCAACAGCUAGCAACACCUGGGGAUUGACCUUGCUCGUGUUUUUGCUUGGUUACGGACUUGUCGAAGUUCCAAGAACUUUAUGGUUGCGCUCGCAUCGAGGCCACGUAUUGCGAUACUCCUACUUUCAAGUUUCAAAGUUGGCGAUCGAAAAGACAGACGCUGAAGAAGAACUUGAGGAUAUUGUGCGGAUUUUGAAGACUCUGUCGACUCAAAUACCCGUGGGUCACCCGCUUUACUUGCGCUUGGUGGAAAUUCGAGCGAAGUUACCAGAAUCAUAUGACGCAGCCUUUUCCACGGCCAGGACU